ACAAGGGGUUUAUUCCUAUAAUGAAAAUGAAGAAAACAUCGAAGAGCCUGUGGACACAAACGAGAACGAUAGUGUAGACGCAGUAUUGAAUAAGCCACUAUCCGAUAGGAUAACGAUGCAAUCAAGCAUCAGUAACGAUUCCGUCUGUAGAAUAUGUGACAAAAGAUUCUCAAGAAACAGCAGUGUCGCCAUACACUUAAAAACAGUCCAUAAAUGUAAAAAAUGCAAAAAAUGUUGCGGGUACUUUAAGGAAUUACCUCAUGACGAUGAACCAUGCAUAGAGAAAAAAUGUCCACAUUGCCGUUUUACAGGAAAAAAUGGAUUUCAAACUCUAAUCAACAUAAUGCAGUUUCAUGAUGUAAAUGAGGUAUGCAAUACAGCAGAAGAAGAAGUAAUAGAAAUAGAAAACGAAGAAGAAAGAUCAGACAUAAUUAUAAAUCAAGAAGACAAAAUUGAAGUACAAGAAGAAAUAGAAAUGGAAGAAGAAGAGGAAGAAAUUAUAGUUAUAGAUGAAGAUCAAGAAAAAAUAGAAAUGGAAGAAGAAAAAGAAGAAGAAGAGCAGGAGGAGGAGGAAGAUAUAAAACAAAAUAAAUGCAUUGGCGAAUGUUCGAAGGCUCAUCGAAGCUAUUUGAAGCACAUUGAACGACAAUAUAUUUCCAAUUAA